AUGAAUGUUGGUUUGGUAUUGUUACUCAUUUUCUGUUUGUAUGCUUUCCAACAUAUCCAAAUCUUCGUUAAGACUCUAACUGGUAAGAUCAUUACUCUCGAGGUCGAGAGUUCUGACACCAUCGAUAACGUCAAGGCUAAGACCCAAGACAAGGAAGGAAUCCCCCCAUACCAGCAGCGCUUGAUCUUCGCCGGAAAGCAAUUGGAAGACGACCGUACCUUGGCUGAUUACAACAUCCAGAAGGAGCUAACUCUCCACCUUGUCCUCCGUCUCCGUGGUGGCAUGCAGAUCUUUGUUAAAACCCUAACCGGCAAGACCAUCACUCUUGAGGUCGAAAGCUCUGACACCAUUGACAAGUUAGAAACGAAGAUUUAUGAGGGAGGGCACAAGUUCGUCACUUAA